GACUUUUGGUGGUGGGAAGCUGCUGACGCAAAGGUUUUACGCAAAGUUCAACCUUGUGAGCGCUUUUUUUAAAAAUAGUUGUGUGUGUUUGACAAGUUAUAUUUCCCAACUUUCCUUGUUUUAAUAUAGGGGAAUAAUGUAUCUGCAUGUUUUAUCAUACGAUUCAAAAGUUGUCAGCCACAGCAGGAGCAGGCUUCUUCCCUGUUGUUCCUGAUGUUUUUCCUGAUGUUGUUCCCUGCUGCCCCCUCCCCUUUCCCGGCUCCUCCUCUGUCGGGCUUCUCGGUCCAUCGAGCGAUCUUCCCAAACUUUCCGUGCCAGGAGCUUUUGUAUUAUAAGCGGCGCAAGGGCGACACUUUGAACCGAUGGGGGAGACGUGUAAGAUAUGAAAUAUAAAAUAUGGUACUGACGACCGAGCAGGCGGACAGACUUCUGACCCCGUUAUCCACACCGGAUCAAGUUUUCAGCAAGGACUCCCGAGGGAAUCGGUCGACGUCUGAAGUGGAGAAUGGAGGUGAGAGGAGACAGAGGAGGCACGGAGGGUCACCUGCAGACCUCCAGGUGUGUCUGGACACAGAGUCAGAGCCCUCAGAGAGCAGGAAGAAACCAGCAGACAUGAGAUUGAAAUCUGUGGAGCAGCUUUCACCAAUGCUGAGUCCAAGUGACUGUGAAACGAAGUGUGAAAGGAAGAAACCUCAGCCCACCCACCUAUCAAAGACAAAUGCCCACUAUCAUAAGUUAUUCAAGGAGGUCAGCAAAGAUGAGUUACUCAAACAAAGUUACACUUGUGCCCUGCAGAGAGACAUUUUAUAUCAGGGCAAAAUGUUUGUCUCUGAUAACUGGAUCUGUUUCCACUCCAAAGUCUUUGGCAGAGAUACCAAGAUUUCAAUCCCAGCGGUGUCUGUGACGUUUAUCAAAAAAACUAAAACUGCAUUAUUAGUGCCAAACGCCCUUGUGAUUGAAACUACAAGUUAUCAGCAUGUGUUUGUGUCCUUCCUGUCUCGAAACACCACCUACAAACUUCUGAGGUCCAUCUGUGUUCAUUUGGAGGUGGAUAAGACUUGUAGCAGCCCCAUUAUUUCCUCCUGUGACAACAGCUUCAGAGUGAAAUGCCCAUCGUCGCUUCCUCUGGACUUUUCUGGAGACUUCUCUGACCUCGAUGGGGUUGUGCAAAAAAGACGGCAGGAGAUGAUGGAGAGCAGCAGCUCCGGGUCUCAAACUCCAGAUUAUGACAAAAUAACUGACUUCACCGGCCUCCCAGACACAUUUCUAAGUGCAGUGAAGAGUGGAGAGGUUUCAGUCCACGCAGACAUUCACCUCCAGACUCCAAGCCCAAAACACGGAGCUGCCCUUAAGAACGGUUCUACUAAACCAACCCGGGGAGUCACACUCAAAGACAAAUCCUCACAGCCCAUGUCGUUACACGCCAUCCUCCUCAUCUAUUUGUUUUUAGUUAGUGUUCUUGUCCUGUCCUCCUGUUACAUGGCUUUCAAGAUUGUGGCUCUUGAGCAUCGUUUGAACUCCUUGGUGUCCAUGGGGGAACACAUUCGUAAUGAAAAUGCUGUGAGCCACAGGUCCCAGGAUGGACUGAAUGCUGAGAUCUAUGGAGAACUGUCUACCAACUUGGUAAAGCUAGAAAAGAUUCAAAGAAACCUCCGGAAGCUACUUGAAGAGACUUAAAAGAAAACUGUUGUCUGUUGACUGGUCCGGAUAGAAAUGUUGGUUUAUCACUAAAGGUCAGCAGUGAUCAGCUUUGGUAAUUGAUUUGUUGCCAAAGCAUGGACAGCUCAUACAGCAAACUUUCUUAAAACUGUGUGAACUUUAACCUAUUUUGUGCAAUAAUAGCUUCUUUCCCCUUUCCACUCAGGACUCUUUCUGAACAAAAUGUUGUGCUGGAGGGUAAACUGAAGCAGCGUGUUAGUGUGCCAGUGUUAGUAAAGACAAAGUUUAAGCAUAUAUGUAGUAUUUAUCUGAGAGCUUUAUUUUGCAUUUCACAAUAGUGGGAUUUUUAAGGUCCAAAGGUCCUAUUUCAAUGUUUUCAAAACAUUUCUUAAAAGGUCAACUUGUGCUGUUCAUUUGUUUUUUGUUAGAAUUAAAUUGCCAAUGAAUUAUAUUUAUGUCAUGUAAAUAAAUCACUCAGCUAGGGAUGUUUGUACAAUAUAUUUUAAUUACAUUUAUGGGCAACUUAUUCUUACAGUGUGUGUUAUCUAAAGAUAGAAAUGGGGCUGUCAGGGUUACAUGAGUAGAGGCUAGUUAAAGUUAAAACAUGUGAGUUUAAUAGGUAUUUUAUUGUAAAUGUGGCCUAAUAACCAUAUAAAUUACAGGUUUAUUCUCUUAUAGAACAACGAGCAGCAGUAAAUAAAAUGUUUUAUUUUAUUUGUGUAACUAAGUAGGCCUACAUUUACUCAAGUACUGUAAUUAAGUACAAUAAUGAGGUAUCUGUACUUUCCUUUAGUACUUAAAAUGUUUUAUUUCAUUUACUGUUUCCUUGUAUGUUGAUCUGUUGCUUCUGACUUAUAAACUGUGAGUUUUUGAGGCGUGUGUGGGGACUGGGUGAGCUCAAAUGAAUUCUUGGGAUCACUAAAGUUGUCUGAAUCUGAAUCUGAAUUGAGGAGCUUCUCAACUGAUCAUAAUUUAAACAUUUGUCCUGUUUUACUCGUGUUUUUACCUUAAUCAGCAUCAGAAAACAUUUCCACUGUGGCCAGUCGAUCAUUUCAGGAGCGGUAGCAAGGAACCAGCUUGUGUUUUCAGCUAUGGUGGUGGGGUGAACCCGUGUGUUUACAUUUCGAUCACAGAGUGUGCCAUUAACUAUUGUAUGUUUCGCAGUCCUGAAAUAAAUGUCUCUCAUACAGUGUCUACUGAA